AUGGACGUAAACGCAGCACAUCCACUAUAUCGACUCCAGUCGGAGGCAAAACAGAAGAGCCUACGAAGGGAGGCGGAAACGGACCUUCUCCGGCCGGAGAACGCCGUUUAUAUCCUCAGGACGGAAAUCAUUUUCAGCGAGUGGCUCGAUCGCUUUAGAUCGGGCCCAGACACUCAGGCAGGCGAUCUAGAAGUAAAUCUAGACGUGAUGUCUCAAAUAAGGACAUCGCCAGCUCGUCGAACGCGGAACGAUUUCCCGGCCACGAAUCAGAACCUUUUUCGAUCGAUACGACAAAACCUCUCGAACGCAAGAAAAGACGAGAUCAAGAACGCUGACCCUCUUGUAUCUGAACGCUGGAACACCGAGCCAGAAAGGGCAGAGGAGCUGUUUAGGGAUAUGGAACUUACCGGGGAGCGAAAUAUGGGGGUUCCGCUCUUCCGAAACGAAGAACGACCUCGUAGUCCUUAUCAUCAAAGCCCGCGGCUACGAAGCCUAUACGAUCGCUCAUACGAUCGCCCUAACGAUCGCCCUUUCGAUCGCCCAUACGAUCGCAGUCCUCCUCGACACGGGGACGUUCAUGAUACGGUGAACGUACCUCGGGAAUUCCGUCGGAUGGAGACGGUAUCGAACAUCAGUAAUCGACACACUAGAUAUGCUCCAUACGAGCAGGCGAACGACGCUCGUGUGCCUCUGCCUCCCCAGCGGAACGAUCGGGUACCUGAUGGGUACGAGCCUCCGAAUGGGAGGAACAGAAGACCGCUCGAGGAGCGGCCACAACCGCAGACACAGCACAACUGUCUAUCGGACGAUGUCAGGCGAGAACUAAACUCAAGCUUAGCAUCCUGGGAGGACGAGCUAUUACGAGAAUAUCGACCAAACAGGUUCGAUUCUCUUCGAGCGGCUGAAAAAUUGCAUUUCAGCUUCGAUAAAACGGAUAUGUCUCUAAGCAAAUAUCUCUCUACCAAAACCAAUUACUUGCUAGAUGCGGGGAUCACAGACGAAUACACAGUGGUCGGCUAUUUAUGGCAAGGAUUGGAAGGACAAUUAGCAUUGGCAACGCCAUUGAGGGAAGAUUUCGAUACGAUCGAGAGUUUUAAUCGGCGGGUGAAAAACAACGAAGCCGCCGCAAGACGGGUGUAUGAAGAUGCAAAAAAGGCCUUGAAAGCAGCAAAUAAUGCGAAUACCAAUCGGUCGUAUGCUACAGCGAAUCGACCAUAUACAACACCUCAAACGAAACCCCAACGCCAGUGGGGUUCAAAAAAGACGACUCAAAAGGCAUAUCAAGCACCGGCUCAGGACAUUCCGCCAUCGAAGCGAUCCCCUCCUCGCCCUUGCCGACAUUGUGGAGGCGAUCAUUGGGAUCGAGACCAUCCGGCGGACGAUAAGAAGGUUUUCAAAGCUGACCCGCAGGACGAAGACGAAGAAAUGCCGGACGAGGACGACGAUGUCGUUAUCGAUCCCUACGAUCCCGAUACAUAUGAAAUGCUUCAAAACGAGGCAUUUGAGGAGGAUCCGGGGGAAUACCAGCGGGAUGCAUAG